AUGCGAGCUUAUGUGCAGGAGCAUGGGGAGCAGGUUCUGCCCCCACAGGCUUAUCCUUUAUGGCUGCAGGUUAGGGAACUUUUGGCUGACAAUACCUUUCUGGAGGCUUUUAUAAGGGAAACUGCUUCGGAGGCUGGAAGCCCCGAAACUAAGGCAGCCCCCAUUCAUGAUGAGGUCUCUCCGGAGGCUUUCAAGGAACCUGAGCCGGCAUUGAAUGCUGAGGGCGUAAUUCCCUCGGCACCAACACUUAAAGAACUUUUGCCGCCGCCUCCACCAGUUAAGGAUAAUCUUUCUGACAGUGAUGAAUGGGAUGUGGUUGAUGAAUUGGCCAAAGAGGAUGAGGAGAAUGAGGAGGUUAAUUUUAUUGAUCACCGCCGCGCUUACCCAGCAGUUCGCAUUCCUAUGACAACACCCAGACCGGCUUUACGGGCUCCACAUUCUCGUGUGCCCCCUUGCCCCCCCGUGCCGGCCGCGGGUUUUCAGGCGGCAGUACGUGAAGCCCGUCAGCAGGGAGAUUUUACUUUCGCUUUCCCAGUACGUUUUCCUACUGAUGAAAGAACGCCGCCGGUCUGGGAACCUUUGUCAUUAAAAACACUAAAGGAAUUGCAGCAGGCUGUUCGUACUUCAGGUGCCUCUGCUCCUUAUACUUUGCAAAUUUCACAAUGCGGUUGCCGCUUGGCGCAAACUGCCUCCUCCAGGAACCAAGAGUACCACUCUAGCAGGAAUAAAGCAAGGAUGCCGAAUCCCCCAUCUGGAUUCCGGACCGGCUCAUCAAACCGGCUCCCCCGGAAGAUCAGACGCAGGAGGCGACGCCUACAACAGAUGAAGAGCCUGGCGACACAAAUGAAGAAAGUGAAAGUACUAUCGAGACCUCCCAAGAUCACGUGGACACAGAUCAGGACCCUGGUGAAACAAGCUAAACAACUUAUUUUGACACAAAACAAUCCUUUAACUCCUACCAUGUAUUUUGUAGCUUUCCUAUCUCUUAUAUCUACUCCUAAAGUAGAAAGUGCAGCUUAUUGGUCAUACAUUCCUAACCCGCCACUACUCCACCCAGUGGGCUGGUUAGAUCAAGAUCCUGUUAAAAUUCUAACUAAUGAUUCCCUCCGGCUGGGAGGCUUACAAGACUCAGAGUCUAGAAGCCAUGCUGCGGCCUUAAUUAACUUCACUGGUAAAGCUGAUUCAAUACCUAUCUGCUUUACCCUGAGAGGCAAAGCACCUCCCUUUUGUUUACCUACAAGUUAUAGAGUAUUUUUAACUGAUGCUCCAGAUCCUAAUGAUGCAGAAAAACGUUAUGUUUGGGAAUAUGAAUUACAAACUAUUGGAACAUUUAAUUAUAAUGAAACCUGCUUGGCAGUGAACUGGCUGCCUAUUCCUAAUUGUAAAGAAAAAUAUAAAGAUAAGAACCAAUUCUGGGAAUCAUCUUUAACUAAAACACCUACUUGGCUUUCUUGUGGAUUCCCAGAUGCAGCCAACAAACAUUUUCCUAUGAAUUCAGAAACAAUCAUCUGGGACUAUUCCCCUACUUCUUGUUAUAAUCAUGAUAAAUAUUUAUCAAAACAGUUAGAUAAAUACCAUCAAUACCAAUGGUCUGGCACCCCUCAACCUAUACAACGAUGGUUUACACCUGGUUUAGUUGAACCCAUAUGGGUUGCCCAGGAAAACAAUAAAACUCAAAUACAUUAUGAUUUAUUUAGACUCGUUGCUGCAUCCAACUUAAUAUUAGAGAAGAAACCCGGUAUGACUAAACCUACAGCAAUAUCAGUGAGAACUUGUGUUGGAUAUCCAUAUGCUUUGCUUCUAGCUCCUAAUAAGUACUUAACUAUUACACAGUUAAAAAAUUCCUAUCACAUAACCUGUACUGCCUGUAAAGUAACCAAUUGUCUUACUUCUACUGAUUUGUUUAAUGACAGACUGUUUAAUUCUGUAUUAAUUGUGAAAAGACCGUCUUAUGUACUGUUACCUGUAGACUUACAAAAUGAUCCUUGGUAUGAUAACUCUGCCUUACAAGUUUUACAUACUGUUAAUGAAUUAAUUAGACCUAAAAGAUUUAUAGCAGCAUUAAUUUUAGGAAUUUUAGCUUUAAUUUCUAUAGUCACUACAUUUGCAGUGGCUACAACUGCCUUGCUGGUUUCUAUGUGGCCCUAG